AUGAUGAAGAUGAUGAAGAUGAAGGUGGCGAUGGAGACUUUUGGGGUACCAGAGACCCCCGGACCCCCCUGGGCCCCCCACCCUGAUGAACGUGAUGAUGAUGAUGAUGAUGAUGAAAAUGAAAAUGUGCUGAGCUCGACCCGCGGCUCCUCCCUGGACGUGGAGACCCCGUGGUGUUCCAGGGUGGGUCUGGAGGGGGGCAGCGACCGCCAGGGGGCUUCGGGGCCGCCGUGGCCCAGUUUGGCAGCGGAGAUGAUGGAUGGCCCCCGGGUCACCAACGCGUCCCUGGGGCUGGCGCUGCAGGCGGGGGAUGGGGAGGCCCUGGCAAAGAGGUUGAACCCAAAUUCGGUGUGUGGCCCCAGAGUGCCCCAGACCUGUGGGGAGAACGUUCACCUGAGGGGCUUCUGCGCCGUGCUGGGCCCCGACCUGCGGCAGCUCCGCAGCCUCCCCGACGCCCUCCCAGGGUGUCCCAAGCGCUCCCACGACAUCGUGUUCCUGGUGGACGGCUCGGGCAGCAUCGACCCCCGCGACUUCGGCACCAUGAAGGGCUUCAUCGCCGAGGUCAUGCGGCGCUUCCGCGGCACAGACACCCAGUUCGCCCUCACCCAGUUCUCCACCGGCAUCGAGGACCACUUUGACUUCAACGCCUUCCGGAGGUCCCCGGACCCCGCGGCUCCUGGCGGGGGUGCGGCAGCAGUUCGGGGUCACCCGCACGGCCUCGGCCAUCAAACACGUCCUGGACCGGGUGUUUGUGCCGGAGCGGGGGUCCCGGGCCGGGGCCUCCAAGGUGCUGAUCGUGGUGACGGACGGGGAGAAGUACGGGGACCACCUGGAGUACGGGCAGGUCACGCCCCGCGCCGACGCCAUGGGCGUCACCCGCUACGCCAUCGGGUCCCCAAAUCCUUCAUCCCCAACUGCUCUGACCCCAAAUCCUUCAUCCCCUACUUCAUAAUAUCCAAAUCCUUCAUCCCCCAGUACUACGGCCCCAAAUCCUUCAUCUCCUACUUCUUAAUACCCAAAUCCUUCAUCCCCAACUGCUCCAGCCCCAAAUCCUUCAUCCCCGGCUGCUCCGGCCCCAAAUCCUUCAUCCCCCACUGCUCUGACCCCAAAUCCUUCAUCCCCAACUUCUUAAUACCCAAAUCCUUCAUCCUUGAGUUCUCCGUCCCCAAAUUCUUCACCCCCAACAUCUCCACCCCCAUCCCUGUCCCCGCCUUGUCCACCCCGGAUUUCCUCAUUCCCAAUUUAUUCAUCCUCAACUUCUCCAUCCUCAACUUCUCCACCCCUGACUCCACUUCCUUCCCCAAUUUCUCCACCCCCAUCUCCAUCCCCGACUUCUCCACCCCUGAUUUCUCCAGCCCCGGCUUCUUCAUCCCCAACUUCUCCAUCUCCGGCUUCUCCAGCUCCGACGUGGGCAGGGCCUUCUCCAAGCCCCACGCGCGGGGAGCUGCGGGAGAUCGCGUCGCGCCCCUCCCCCACCACGUGUUCCGCGUGGACAACUUUGAGGCCCUGCAGGGUAUCCAGGACGAGCUGCAGGACAAGAUCUUCGCCAUCGAGGGGACGCAGUCAGGGGACAGCAGCUCCUUCCAGCUGGAGAUGGCCCAGGAGGGGCUCAGCGCCCUCCUCACCCCCGAGGGGCCGGUGUUGGGGGCCGUGGGUGCCUUUGAUUGGUCCGGGGGGGCCCUCCUGUUCCAGGGGGGGGGAGGGACCCCCACCCUGCUCAACGUCACCCCCGGGGACACCCCCGGGGACACCCCCGGGGACACCCGAGGGGCCUACCUGGGUUACUCCCUGGCCUGGGUGCCCCUGGGGGUCCGAGCUUUGGCUAGGGGGCCCCGGGCUGGGCACGUGGGGAGGGUCCUGCUGUUCCUGCACCCACCUGGGGGCGCCUGGAGCCUCCUGAGCCACGUGGGCUCGUACUUCGGGGGGUCUCUGCUGUCCCUGGACCCCGACGGGGACGGGCGGGCGGAGCUGCUGCUCGUGGGGACCCCCAACUUCUACGGGGGGGGCGGCGGCGGCCGCGUCCACCUGUGCGAGCUGCGCCAGCAGGGCCGGUCCCUGCAGUGCUCGGGGUCCCUGAGGGGCCGUCCUGGGCACCCCCUGGGUGGUUUUGGGGCCAGCCUGGCUCACCUGGGUGACCUGGACGGGGAUGGGUGGCCCGAGGUGGCCGUGGGGGCCCCGCAGGAGGACGGGGGGCUCGGCGCCGUUUACCUGUUCGGAGGCACCAGGGGGUCUCACCUGUCCCCUCCCCAGCGCAUCUCAGGUGCCGAAUUCCCGAGCGGGCCCCGAUUUUUUGGGUGGUCCCUGAGCGGGGGCCGCGACCUGAGCGGGGAUCGACUGCCAGACCUGGCCGUGGGGGCGCGGGGGCAGGUGCUGCUGCUCAGCGCCUUCGAGUGCCCCGAGGAGGGGGAGCUGAGGGGACCCCUCGGCACCGCCCGCGUCUGCAUCAGGGGCUCCAAACGCACCCCCGACGGCUUCGGCUCUGAGAUCUGGUCCCAGCUGUGGUUCCAGGCCGAACUGGACCCCUCCCCCAAAUCCCCCAAAUCCCCUCAAGCUCUGGAGAUCUGGUCCCAGCUGUGGUUCCAGGCUGAACUGGACCCCUCCCGCCUGCAGGGGCCGGGAGUCUUCCCGGACGGGGCCGCGGCCAAAACGGGACCCUGCGG